AUGCAGACUCCAACCAUCGAAACGAGUUAUGUGGUCCCAGUAAUGACGCCACAAGUGAGUGUGGGUUCUGCUGCGGACGCGAAGGAGCGAAAGAUGCGAGACGAGGGCGGUGGUGCUACGCACGUGAUCGAUAUUACCGCGGAGACCGGAAAAGACUGGGACGCUCCGUUCUUCGGCUGCUUCGCCAGCAUCAUGCCCAAUUGCUGCAUGUCCACGAUCUGCCCCUGUGUCUCCGUUGCGCAGAUCCAGGCUCGAUUGGGCAACUCGUACACGAUGGCGAUCUUCAGCCACGGUGCCACAAUCUUCGGUUUCAUUAUCUGCGUCAUCCUCUUCAUCUCACACAGCGUCACGACGGACGUGAUCACGUCUCCCAAUAGUUCGCAUCGUGGUGAGGAACGCUCGUCUACAGGUCGACAAAUUGUCUUCUUGUGCGGAGCGGUUUUCUUCGUUCUAUUCUUCGCCUUCUCGGUUUGCCUCGUGCGGAUGAAAGUACGGAAGCAAUACGAGAUCAAAGGAAACUGUGGUGGAGACUGUUUGGUGUCCACGUGCUGUGCUCCGUGUACUAUUGCUCAGAUGGCGACACAGACACAGAGCUACACGCCUGGCGUCGUCAACUUCCAGAAUCCUGCAGUCGACACACUACCUGGAUACCCAGCAACGCCAACAAUGCCGAUGUUUUUCAUUUAA